GUUCCAGUUUUUAAGCUACAGUUUGGCGGUGAGCUGACAGGUAAUCCCUGCAGGAAUCACAGGCCCUCAAAGAGUGGCGAAUUCCGGAAAGAGAAGAAGCACACGCACUAGAAAAGGAGCCUCGGGUCUCACACGCCUUCAGGACAUGCCCCGCGUGUCUGAGGGAGGUGGCUGCGAGGUAUCUCCUGGCGAAGGAACCUGCUCUGCUCUUACCGCCAUGUCUUCGGACUUCUUUCUGCAGCCUCUGGACGGCGGUCCCCGCGUGCCCGUGGGUCCGGGACAGACUGUGAUAGGCCGCGGGCCGCUGCUGGGAAUAACAGACAAAAGAGUAUCCAGAAGACAUGCCAUUCUUGAAGUGGUAGAUAGUCAGCUUCGAAUCAAACCACUCCAUAGGAAUCCAUGUUUCUACCAGUCCUCGGAGGAGAAGAGCCAGCUCUCGCCAAUGGAGACACACGUGUGGAGCCGGUUGCAUCCUGGGGAUAGCUUUUCCCUGUUGCUCGACAAGUACGCUUUCCGUGUUUUCUCUGCAGAACCUGAGGAGGAAAUGGAGUGUACUCUAAGAAACAGUCAGAUGCUUGAUGAAGAUGAUAUAUUGAGUGAGAUGCAGAAGUCCCCUGUGGUUAACUUACCUGAUAAGACAACUGGUGCCUCACAGCUGCAAGGAAGCCCCGAAAUAACCAAGACCAAGUGUCCCACCAUAGAUCCUAUGUCCUCUUCAGGUGAAUGCAGAGCUGUCAGUGAGCACCAGCCAAAUCCUACCCAGAGGAAAAGAAUCCUCCCAGCCUGGAUGCUAGCGGAAAGUCUAAGUGAUCAGAGCCUCUCCACGCCUGUUGAGGGUGGAGAUAAGGAUGUCAUCCAGAGGACUGGAAAAGAGGGAACCUGUGGAGAUAAAACCCCAGUAAACACAUCAUGGCAUGGGAGAAAGCGAUUUAUUCCAUCAGGAAAUUCAAAAAGUGUGUCAGCAGAACAAGAUCCUGGGAAGAAAUGCAGAAAGUCUGACCAAGAAGGACCAGGUGUUUCAUCUGAGGAUGUUCCAGAAUCAUCAUUUUCAGUCACAGUAAGUGGCCCAGAUGUGGAUAUUGUGAAGACAAAUAAACGGAGUGAUGCAACUUCAAUAGAGGAACUUGACGAAGUCUCUAAAUAUAAAGCCAUCACCAAACCAACCACAAAUAAAGAGGUCAGGACAGUGAGCCAUCCCGAGAGUCAAAGCAAGUUGCUUCCUGAGAAAUCUCAAGGAUGCCACCCUGAGUCUAGCUCUGCUCCCUCCAGUCCUGAUGCUUCACACACAGACACAGCUGAUUCAGUUCGAGGCUGUUCAGAAGAAAGCAAGGUCCGGAGGACGUCCUGCAUGUAUGGGGCCAACUGCUACAGGAAGAAUCCUCUUCAUUUUCAACACUUCAGCCACCCUGGUGACAGUGAUUAUGGAGAUGAACACGUCACAGACGAAGGUGUGACUGGUGACAGGCCUGAGUGUCCCUAUGGGGCAUCUUGUUACAGGAAGAACCCCCAGCACAAGAUGGAAUAUAGGCACAGUGCUCUUCCAGCCAGAGUUUCUCUGGAUGAAGAUGACGAUGGUGCUGGGCAACUCAGUGAUGAUGAGGACGAGGAAGAUGAGCCGACGGAUGAGGAUUCUGAUUGGCAACCAGGAAAGGAAGAUGAGGAGGAGGAGGAUGUGGAAGAGCUCUUGAAAGAAGCAAAAAGGUUUAUGAGAAGGAAAAAGUAGCUUUCCUGCAACAACAUAAGACUACAUUUGCUUUUCUCUGUGGGAAAUAACCAUUUUCCUCUUUUAAUAGUUCUUUGCACUUGAAACCUUGAAACACCAGCCUUCAGUGAAAUAGGUAGAAUGUAUGCUGUGGCCUGUUUUGGUGCCUAUUUAAUGCAUCUGUCAGGGGAAGCAGGUAAAGACGUUGGGCAGACUGAUACAUUUCAUAUACUGUACAUACUGCUAAUAAAAGCCUUGGUUGUACAAACCUUUGAUCUUCUGCCCAGAGGUCUUUAUUGCAUACCCUGCGAGCUUAGCCAGGCAAUCACAGAACAGUGGGACAGCACAGCCCCAGCUGCUGUUGGAAGAGCCCUUCACAAAGCUAGACUUGAACAAAUGACAGCCCGCAGUGUGCUCUGUCUCUAAUGUAUUAGAUGUGGCUUUGAGAUUUCAUUUGCGGCUUUUGUCCUUUGAAUCCUGGGAAACUAUUAACAAGUAGAUGCUGAAAAUGGUCCUGUUAACCUACAGGGUGGUGGUACUGGCCUUGCAGGGAAAUGGUUUUUGCAUCCACAACUAUGAGUGUAAAUCUGUGAGGUAUUAAAAUGACUGAAGAGCAUUCAAUUGCUCUCACAUGCCUCGCCCGCUUACAUUAGGAUGCAGAGAAGCUUCUAGCCACAGUCUUCUCCGAGGGUCGCCUGAGAGGAGUGAGUUCUCUGUCAUGGAUAGGGUUCUGGCCUCUGAAGAAGCCUCUGCUCCAAGGAGUGGAGUCUCUCUGGUUUUACACAGCUUACACUUCACUCUGAGCAGUCUGUGCAGAUUGGGGGUUCAUCAGGUCAUGAAACAGCAAGCCAAAGCUUGUCAUUCUUCUCUCAAGAGGAAAUAAAGUGCACAUCUUAGAACAAAAGGUGUCGCAUAUGUUUUCUUAGUAUUUAUGAAUCUCCAUGUAAUUGUACAAUGUUAAAGUUUGCUUAAACUGAAGACAGAAUAAAUAUUUCCCUAUUAUC